CCAAGUUCUUUAAAUACUACGCAAUCAAAAUUCUUCUUCAAUAUGGAUCUAAUCACGCAUCUACAGUGUUCCGUCAUUUUCCUUUGUGCUUUAAUAUGACAUAUAUAUAUAUAUAUAUGACUAAUAGACUUAGGUUGUUGUAGAGAAAUUUAUUGCCGAGAUACGUAAAAUGCUGAAUUCGUUUUAGUUUAGUUUGGUUUAGUUUAUUAUGGCAAAGCACACUAUCUGCUUCAAUGUUGACUUCAUAAUGAAAAACAAGAAUAAUGUUGAUAUAUAAUGAACAGGAAACUAGCAGCUGAGGCAGAUUAAAUCUUCAUUUUUUAUUUCCGUAAACAUGUUAUGGCCACAAAUAACCUGGUACGCCAAUUGUGCCUACUUCAAAAUAUUUACAUUUUUUUAUAGAUCUGCAGUAAGAAGAGAGCAGCAGACAGCAGUCCAGCUAAGCCGCAGAGUAGGAAGCAAGUGCAGUUGUGUUCAGGAUGAAAUCUUAAUUCAUAAUAACUUCUUCAUUGUUAUGCAAGAGUCAUAUGGCGUGGAUUUGUCUCGAAAUGACGUAAAGCAGAAAAAGACUACUACCAAAUGAAGCAUUAAAGGUGCUAUUGCUAAUUUUAAUUAUAGUUUAGUUUUUAUGCAUUUUUACACACGCACCACACAUGCAUACACCAUUACACACAAUUUAAUAUAUAUAUAUAUAUAUAUAUAUAUAUUAAAUUUGAUUCAGGCGGUAAUAUUAUUUUUUAAGUAUUUGAUACUUUUAUUUUUGUACGUCCAAAAUACAAUUUACGUCCAAAAUAAAAUGCAAGAACAAAGCAAGCUUUUAAAAUAAAAAUUCUUUUUAAAUCUAGUUAUUAUUAUUUUUUAAGCGUCAAUAUUCAGUUUUAUGAAUUGGCAAUAGCAGAUAUUGUUCAAUUCUACAUUGAAUUGUGAACUGUAGAUAUUCGUUAAAUCUAAGCUUUCUGGUUUCGCAAAGCAUACCUCGAGGCUUACACAAAUAAGUCAUAGCAUUAGUACAAUAAAUAAGUAAAUGAAGCAUAAUAACACUGUAAAUUCAAAGAAAGAAGUAGGAUUAAAUUUUAAACAACAAUUAAGUAAACAAAAAAUUAAACUUCUAAAUUAAGUAUGAAUUUCGUAAAAGCUGAAAUUGUCUCUUUUUUUCCAAAGAAAUUCGGAAAAAAUUGGUAGCCAAUGUGUGAACUACUCCUUGGUAAAGUAUUAAAAUGUAUUAAUGGCAUUUGAAGAAAGUUAAGGAAAUGAAAUUUAUAAAAGUGUUUAUAAUUUAUACGUUACUUCAAAACAUAACAGUUAGACUUUUUUUUUUUCUAAUGAAAACUACAGCGAGCAGAAGAGGGUUGUAGGUAUAAAUUUAUGUUCCAUUAUAAGGUCUAACUAGGACUGGAAACACAGAAUAGAAGGAAAUAUAAUACGGAACAACUAAGAGGAAAUAUAAAAUUUAAAAUUAGGCAUAGACGCAACUUUAGAUCGAUAUAAAUUUCAAAUAAAACUCCAUCCAUUGAUCUAUGUCAGAAGGUGAAGAUUUUUACAAAGGAAAAGCAUAUUUUCUAAAUCGAUAGGGUUUUAUUCGAAAUUUAUGCCAGUCUAGCUUGCUUUGUUGGCCAGUUUUAAACAUUAUAAGAUAUUAGCAACAUAUGUUAUCUACGACAUCCCAUGACAUCUUAUAAUCAUGUUGCAAAGUUUUUUUGAGACGUCCAGGAAAAGAAAGGAAAAUAAUGUGUUUUUAAAUAAUUAAUGUUGUUUUCUAGCACUUUCUAAUUUCGAAGAUAAAAUGAAGAUCUUAUGCUUCAUUGAUUGGCAAUAGAUUAGAUUCUACCGAAAAGGAAAAAACAACACUUCCUUCAAGUGUUAAAAAAUAUUUACUUUUGUUAAUACUAUUGUCACUUAAUGCACCAUUUUUGUAAUGCUUAAUAUUUUAAUUACUUAAGCAUUUCAUGUUUUGAAAUAAAUUUAAUCUAUGGUAUUUGCAGUAAAUGCAAAGUAGUUUGCAAAUGAAUACAGAGCGCUAAGUGUGUUUUAGAUGUUAUUUGGUCGAAUUUUCUUAAUUUUAGAUGUCUUUCCCUCUGUUACUAAAUUAGGUUUAUCGAAGUUCGAUCGAAAUUGCAUUCAGUUGCAAAUUUUUAAAAAUAAUAAAUAUUAUAGCCAAUAGAUGGCAGCACUACACCUAAAAGCCAAACUUAAAUUAUGCAUUUUGUGUUCAAUAGACGGCAGCACUGUACUAAAAAAAUCUGACUUUGCAUUUGCAAACGGAAUUGUUUCUUAGGAACAAUUGUUCGUUCUGGUUUUGGCGGUGUCAACUUUUAUUUGUCUGCAUUAUGAAUGUGAUGUAAUUUCGUACAGUUAUCAUUCAUGUAGACGUGCAGAAUUCUGAUGUUCUCUUGUAGUUAUUUCAUAAAGGCGCUUAAUGUAUAAAAAUGACAGCUUACAGUUGCAAGAAUAAAGCAAAAUUAACGAAGUCUUUAAUGCAAGAACUCCCAAGCCAGAAAACAGAGUAUCCACUGAGUCCUCGUCUUCAGAUAUAUAGGCUGAGGUAUUCGAAAUCGUCUUCGUCUAAUAUAAAAAGUGCUGAAAAAUUAUCGCAGAUACUAUGCGCAGAUCCUGAACUAGAAGUACAAGAAAGGAUCAAUAUCCUUCGCGAUAUGCAUCAAAAUCUAACACUGAAAAGAAGAGUUCUAAGGAAACUGGAAGAACUGCCCGAACCGCAGAAACCAAUGCAUGAUGGGAAUUGGUUUCGAACAAUUAAAGAACAAGUAUAUCAAAACUGCCGUUCGUUUUACAUGGAAGUGAUAAAUUUGGCUCAUUUGUUGGAAAUGGUUUACCCACCUGGCUACAGAUCCAUACAGAACUAUUUUGGUGCGGGUGUUGCCUCCUAUUUCACUUUCUGCUGGUUGUUAGUUUACAUCAACAUCUUCAAUUUUAUGGUUACUUCCCUCUUUCUGGUCAUUCCGCAGUUGGUCUAUGAAAGCACUCUUUAUUCUAACGUCACAGUUGAUAGAACGGGUUUAUUCUACGACCGUUUUACUAAAAAUGUUGUUGAAGUUGCACCAGGAAUUACGUACAAUAUUCCGAAAGCAUAUCUUGUAAACGUUGGACUCAUAUAUGUAUUCAGUCUUCUAGUUUUGUAUUACAGAAUUUUCAAAACCUUUGGAAAUCAGUACAUACGUUCGGACAAUGCCUGUGUAUUUUCUAAUGUAGUCUUUUGCUCGUGGAACUAUGGUGUUGGGUUUCAUGACCUUACACGCUAUUUUCAAGCCAACUUUUGUCAAGUAAUUAAGGAUCUAAUACAUAUAUCUGAAGAGAAAGCUCCGUCGAGGAAAAUUUGGGAAGCAGCUGUGUUUACUUUCGUGACCUUAUUUCACAUAGCUGUAAUGUGUGGAUUGUGCUAUUUCAUGUAUUUCACGAUUUCUACCUUUGAGAAGAAUAGAAAAGUCUUAAGAGGCUUUCUAUUGACCUUGAUAAUGAUAUUGGUUGCCGCUGGUUUCUACGGCUUUCUGAGAUGCAGUGAAAGAUUUGAAACGUAUUGCUCGAGAACAACGAAGCUGUACAUUUCUGUCAUCAAAUUGUUGAUUUUACGGUCAGCGUUUCUUGAAAUCUACUUCUAUCAUUUUACAAAAUCGAAUCUGGAAGAGUGUUAUGAAAGAAAGUUGGGAGAAGAUCUGCUUCUUUUAAUGGCAAUGAACUUCUUCGUUCAGAUUGUGUUAUUCACAUUUACGUUGGAAUACCUGCGGCGAAAAAUAUUUGAACACUUCUUCGUUUCAUGGACGUUGUCUCAUCUUGAUAUUGCAUACCACACAGCGGAUUUGAUUUACUUCCAAUCUCUUAACUGGAUAGGAACAUACUUUAUGCCUCUGUGUUCAAUGCUCAAUAUUUUAAUAUUUUACACGCUCACGUACCUCAAAGCGAAUUCAGUUAUGGAAAACUGCAAACCUGAUAAAAGUCUGUGCUGGACGCACAAAACCCAGAGGUUCUUCUGCAUCGCAGCGCUUGCCAUGUGGUUAUUUUCUAUUGCCGGAGUCGGAUAUAUUGUUAUAUUUAUGAAUCCAUCCAAGUGUGGACCCUUUAAAAGUUGGGAACAUAGAUUAGAUUUAAUCAAGGACAUAUUUUUUGUCUCAGAUCUACGGUCUCAUCCGAUUAAUUUUCUUCAGUACAUGCAGUCACCAAUUUUCAAUUGCAUUCUAGUGUGCUUUUUCUGUGUGGUACUUAUCAAACUAAGAGCUUAUGCUGUGGACUGUGUUUCACUGUCAAAGAGCUUGCAGAACAUGUUAAAACAGCAACGUGUGGACAAGACUUUUUUGCUUCAUCUUCUUGCCGAUAUUGCAAAAGGACCAUUUGAUAAGAAUAAAGAUGACAGAUCCAAUUGUGAAGGUGGUGCAGCUGUAAUUCUGUAGAUAUGCAGGUUCAAGUUUCAUAUCUCUUGACUAUAUCAUCAAAUACGUAUAUUUUUACUUUUUGGAUUUUUCCUGUUGCGCUACAAUGUGUAUAAUUCAUCGUUUUUAAUAACAUAUAUGUACUUCACUUCUUUUAAUUAAAUAUAUACUUGUA